AUGAAUCCAUUGAACAAAAUCAUAUUCCUAUCUGCAUUUCUUGCGUCUGGUUUCCUAUUGAUAUUACUAUCAUGUGCAUUAUAUAGUAACUAUAAACCACUUUGGGUUAUCGCCAUCUUUUUAUCGGCACCAUUACCAAACAUAUUAGCAAAUGCGAUAGAGAACUCAAGAGAUAACAAUUUUCUCACAUUCAACGACUACGGAACUUCUAAUGAAGGGAAUGCUAGUCCUUUACAGGAAUUUGCUAGAUUUACAACAGGUGUUUUGAUCAUUAGUGGCAUUGCUUUACCGUGGAGUUUAUAUCAUUGUAACUUGAUUGGGUUAGAGUCAUUCAUACUAAGUGUUACUGGUGGAUUAAUUGUAUAUUCAGACAUCAUUAUAUUUAUUUGGUUUUUUAACAAAGAAGAAGAAGAAAAUGACGAAUUCAACUUUUGA